AGCAAACAAAACUUGGAAGAGAGAAAGGGUUACAUUACGUUCAUACCAUUUCGUUUGAAUAACAGAUUUUAUUGAAUUCGGAUUUCGGAAGGCAGCUCAUUAAUUCAUGUUCACCUCAUCGAAUUCUGAUCCUUCGUCGCCGUUGGUAACACAUUCUGAUCCUAAUUCCGUUUCCGCAACACACCCUUUACUCCCAGCUUCAAUUUUUAAUCGUUUUAUGGUACAUUGAAGUGAAAUUUUGUUGCUGGGAAGAGUGAGAAUUUGCUGUGUUUAAGUCAGAGUUCCUGUGAGUUUUGAGUGAUAGGUUUACCCUGAAAUCACAUUGAACACUCCAUUUUAUACCUUGGUUAAUCCUGGUUGUUGACCGCUGCAAAUGCUGGCAAGUGGCCCCCCAUCUCGUAUGGGUUCAUCUGUUUCUCCGUCUCAAGGAAUAUUUCCACCUUCGAAUAUUGGAAAUAGUGAAUUCCUUAAUGUUGGGGCCUCUUCUUCUUUUCCCCCGCCUGAAUUAGAUAUGAACAAAAAUGAUGAAACAGAUUUACUCUCAGUAUCAUGGAAUCAGAACAGUGGUUGUAUUGCUGCUGGGACAAGUAAUGGUUUUCGUAUCUAUAAUUGUGAACCUUUCAAGGAAACUUUCAGGCGUGAUUUAAAGAGUGGUGGUUUCAAAAUUGUGGAGAUGCUGUUCCGGUGCAAUAUUCUGGGACUUGUUGGUUCUGUAGGUAAUACCCAUUACCCACCCAAUAAAGUUUUGAUUUGGGAUGAUCAUCAGAGCAGGUGCAUUGGUGAAUUUACAUUCAGAUCUGAAGUUCGCGGAGUGAAGUUGAGACGUGAUCGGAUUGUAGUUGUCCUUGAGCACAAGAUAUAUAUUUAUAACCUUAUGGAUCUGAAGCUUCUUCACCAGAUUGAGACUCUGGCAAAUCCUAGGGGGUUGUGCUGUCUUUCUCACCAUUCAAAUACAUUUGUUUUGGCUUGUCCAGGUCUUUGCAAAGGACAGGUUCGGGUUGAACAUUUUGGACUAAAUGUUACCAAAUUAAUCAAUGCUCAUGAUUCUCAAAUUGCUUGCUUCACUCUGUCAAUGGAUGGACUACUCCUUGCAACUGCUAGUGUAAAGGGCACUUUGAUUAGAAUCUUCAAUACACUGGACGGGUCGCGAUUACAAGAAGUGAGAAGAGGGGUGGAUAGAGCUGAAAUAAACAGUAUGGCUCUGUCACCAAAUGUGCAGUGGUUGGCAGCAUCAAGUGACAAAGGAACUGUUCAUUUAUUCAACUUGAGAGUGAGAGUGUUUGGGGAGGAUACUCGGCCAAACUCUCCCAGAGGGCCUGCUCUGGCCCAUCAGAAUUCUUCAACUUCUUUAGAUCCCUUGGUUUCUCCAAAUACCGGUGCCAAUCCAAAUUCAUCAUUAUCUUUCAUGAGAGGAGUUUUACCAAAAUACUUUAGCUCAGAAUGGUCAUUUGCUCAGUUCCACUUGUCUGAACGCACAAAAUUCAUUGUAGCAUUCGGAUCGCAGUCUCAGAACAGUGUCCUAAUUGUUGGCAUGGAUGGGAGUUUCUAUAGGUGCAGUUUUGAUCCGGUGCGUGGGGGUGCAAUGUUGCAGAAGGAAUAUGUUAGUUUUCUAAAGUUUCAAAGUAGAUCAACUAUUUAGAGUUGUUCCACAUCCUCACCAACCAAACUCUUCUCAGCCAUGUAAAUAUGAUGCAUCCCCAAGAUCAGGCAUAUGUGUAAAUAUGAUCCCCCAACAUUGAAGGCUUGGAGAUACAUUGCUGUCUAUUACUGUAUAAAUCUUGUAUAUAGUAGAGACUAGAGGAAAAUAAAAUGAAAUGAAAUUGUAAAAGAACAAUGCCCAUGGCAAAUAAUUCACUUGUUGAAUCUGCCAUAACACCAUUUCCGGCAAAAUUUUUGAGUAUCAGAUCAUGUUACAAAUAUUUGGCAAGUUUGCAUAACAUAAGUUCAAAUCUCAAUGCCCUUGAUGUAUUAAAAUGUCUUGCUACA